AUGUGCUAUCCAACUGCCGCCCCUCCCUGCAAUAUGAACGCCAACACCAACAAUAGCAAUAGCAAUAGCCGCAAGACAGCGCCUCUCCACUCAUCAUUAAAAAAGAAAGUGAGCUUCAACGAUGCUCUGAAUGUGGUUGCGGCAGUAGAAAAUUUGGAUGCUACCAACAUUACCGAGCUCUUUUACGGAGCCGAAGACUACCGACGGUUUCGCAGUGAAGAACGAACCCAACACCGACGGCCGUUGCCAACAGGUGAAGCCAAUCGAAGAGCACGAUUUCAACGAGAUGGAGUCCAACGGUUACGACGAGCCAAAAGUGCCAACUGCGAGGGAGAGUCGUCGUCGCCACUACCGUCAACGCCUAAUGGCAGGGCAACACCCAGGAGGGUACGGAGCACGCCUCAAAAUCACCAGCAUCAACAGACCAACGUACUCCGCAAUAUGAGACAAAAGGCGCUAGUCAGUCCAGUGGCUACCGUACAAGCUAGUUAG